CUUGUUUGUUCCCUUCAAUCCUCCCGCGAAUCUCGCUUUAUCCUUCCUCCUCCACCACCUUCUUUCUCUCCCCCUUUAAUCCCAAUUCUAAACCCCAUUAUGCGUCUUCAACCCCAUUUGUUCCUCCCUCUAUAUCCUUUGUUUUAGACCCAGAAACAGAGGGAGAUCCGAGUCAGGAUGGCCGAGGGAGUCGCCUGCCGCGGCAACCGUGCACCGGCUGCAUUGAUGCUGGACCUAGUUCAUGACAUUGUGGGGAUCUCUUCCGGCGGUUACAGGGGUGACUUCAAGAAGGAUUGCACAGAUCUGGUGAGGAGGGUUGCGCUGUUGACGUAUUUUCUGGAGGAGAUCAGGGAUUAUGUGGGGGCGGUCAAUUGGUCGGAGUCUUAUCCUUCUUCUUCUGCUUCCUCGUCGUCGCCUGAUUGGUGGUCCGAUCUGUUGGUGGCCCUCCAGGCUGCUAAGCGACUCCUGUUAACGGCUUCCAGCUUCCAUUCCAUUGAUACCUCUGAUGGACCUGCCAAGAGAAUUUCCUUUCAAUUUCAAUGCAUUACCUGGAAACUGGAGAAAGCUUUGGGGAAAAUCCCAUAUGAUCAUUUUGACAUCUCUGAGGAAGUCCAAGAACAGGUUGCACUAGUAAGGGCACAAUUGAGAAGGGCCACAGAAAGAUAUGGGUCUUUGAAUUCAAGAAAUAUUUUCAAGUCUCUCUUCCAACCAAUUGAGGAAGAAGCCUGUAAUACUAAUCCUGAAGUUUCUGCAAAGCUGGAUAUUAUUCCACAAAAUUUUGGUCCACAAGGAGAUGAUAUUGAUAAGAAUGUUAAGAAAUUGGAGAGAUUGAAGAGCUCUUCCAUGUCUUCUGAGGUCUGCCCAUCAAAUGAAAUUGAUGCCAAAGUGCAAGAGAACUUGGUUGACAAGGAUUCUGAGGAAAUCAAGAAGCCUGAUGCACUUUUAGUUCCCAAUGAUUUUCUGUGCCCCAUCUCCUUGGAACUAAUGAGGGAUCCAGUAAUUGUGGCUACAGGACAGACUUAUGAGAGAUCUUACAUACAAAGAUGGAUAGACUGUGGGAAUUUAACUUGUCCAAAAACUCAGCAAAAGCUGGAUAACUUGACACUAACCUCUAAUUACGUUUUAAGAAGCCUGAUUAGUCAGUGGUGUGCUAAGCAUAAUAUUGAGCAGCCAACAGGAUUGAUAAAUGGAAGGAUAAAGAAGAGCGAUGGAUCUUUCCGUGAUAUUAGUGGUGACAUGGCAGCCAUUCAGGCUCUGAUAUGUAAGCUCUUAAAUGGGUGUUCUGAGGAACGUAGAGCUGCUGUAGCUGAAAUCCGAUCACUAUCCAAAAGAAGUACAGAUAACAGGAUACUAAUUGCAGAAGCAGGAGCUAUACCAAUCCUGGUCAACCUUCUAACGACAGAAGAUGUUACCACUCAAGAACAUGCAGUAACAUCCAUUCUUAACCUUUCUAUAUAUGAAAAUAAUAAGUCACUCAUAAUGCUUGCUGGAGCCAUUCCUUCAAUUGUCCAAGUUCUCAGAGCUGGAAGCAUGGAAGCAAGAGAGAAUGCAGCAGCCACCCUUUUUAGCUUGUCACUUGCUGAUGAGAAUAAAAUAACAAUUGGUGCAUCAGGGGCAAUACCAGCUUUGGUAGAUCUGCUCCAAAAUGGGAGCCUCAGAGGAAAAAAGGAUGCUGCCACAGCACUAUUUAAUCUGUGCAUUUAUCAUGGGAACAAGGGAAGAGCUGCGAGAGCUGGCAUCAUCAUAGCAUUGCUAAGGAUGCUAACAGAUUCAAGGACUUGCAUGGUCGAUGAGGCUUUGACAAUACUGUCGGUUCUUGCUAGCAACCACGAAGCAAAGGUUGCCAUAGUAAAGGCUGGUACCAUUCCUGUUUUGGUAGAUCUUCUAAGAACAGGUUCGCCCCGCAAGAAAGAGAAUGCUGCUGCUAUUUUACUCUCAGUGUGUAAGAGAGAUCCCGAGAAUCUCACAUGUAUAAGUGGGCUUGAUGCUGCCAUACCCUUGAUGGAGCUUGCUAAGAGUGGCACAGAGAGGGCAAAGCGGAAGGCCGCUUCAUUGUUGGAACAUCUUCAAAAAUUACACCAGCAUUAACAGGGUUUAGUCACACCGCAGCCUUGUAUCCUCUUUCUUUUUUUCCCUACUUCUUUGUUGAUUUUAAUUGUUUGAUGUUGAUUGCCAUUCCAUUCCUUUCCCAUAUGUAGUCCGAGGAGAUGAGCAUGAGACAAAUCCAUUCUCAUUGCUCUCUGUAUUUAUUUCCUUCUAUUUUGAGUGUAUAAAUAUUCAUUGAAUUUGUUUUUUCAAAUAAAGUUCAUCAUUGAAG